AUGUUUUCUGCACAUGUAGAGCACACCGAAGCCAGCUUGAAGAGAAACAGUGCCCCGAAAAACGAUUUAGAUCUGAUGAUGACAGCCUGAAAGCUUUCGCCAAAGCAAAGUAGCGUUGUUUCUUUACUUCUCGGGUGUAAACAAUUUCCCAAAAUCUUCCCAACUGGAUAAGAAAAACGGCAACGACGACGGGAAGAUGCCCCCAAAGUUUAAAUUCACCGAAGGGGAAAAGGUGCUUUGCUUUCACGGUCCGCUGUUGUACGAAGCCAAACUGCUGCGAUGCGCUAUGAUGAAAGAAAAGCAGGUAAAAUACCUGGUGCACUAUGCUGGUUGGAACAAAAACUGGGACGAAUGGGUUCCAGAAAGCCGUGUUCUGAAAUACAACGAAGCUAAUCGCCAGCGGCAACAGGAAGUCCACCGGUUACAUUCGCCCCUUGUGAAGAACAAGAAAAGUAGCACAAAGGCGAAAAAGUCCGAUACGCAGAGUGGAAAUAACAGCCAGAGCAAAGACAACGAUUCACGAGCUUCAACGCCCUCGAAGGAAGUGACGAAAGAGAAAGACACUACCGCCCAAUCCGUUAGCACGCCUUCUACAACUACUACAGCGCCCACUUCCACUACUUCAAGCAGUAGCUCCUCAGGAAACUCGUCUUCUACAGGACGAAACAGAUCCUCUCUCAAAUCCACCGCUACAAGUGCAAGCGUUGCUUCGUCGCCCAGCUCCACCACAUCGUCCACCUCUUCCUCGUUAACUGCCGCCACUGCCGCGGCAACAACUACAUCCGCCACGAAUGGAAAGGAAGGCAAGACGACAGAGGGCAAAGAAUCGAGUGAAAAGGCGAAAGACGAUUCAUCUAGCGAGCAAACCAGUGGCUCUAAAGCGAAGAAACGCGGACGAACCGACACAAAUUCGUCCAACGUCGAAUCAGAGGAUCAGUUCAUUUCAAAGGUAGAGGUGAAAAUUAAAAUACCCGACGAGCUAAAGGUAUGGUUGGUGGACGAUUGGGAUGCGAUAUCGCGCCAGAACAAGCUGCUAGAGCUUCCUGCCAAGGUACCGGUGCAGGAUAUAGUGGACAACUACGUACAGUACAAGAAGCAGAGCAAAGUAACGACGGCCACGAAGGAAACAGCCGUGACCGACAUCGGCAACGGGAUAGUUGAAUAUUUCAACGUUAUGUUGGGUUCCCAGCUGCUCUACAAAUUCGAACGACCGCAGUACGCCGAGAUGAUACAGACGCAUCCGGGUGUGCCGAUGGCAAAAAUUUACGGCUCCGUGCAUUUGCUGCGACUCUUUGUGAAGCUGGGACCGAUGCUAGCAUUCACUUCACUGGACGAAAAAUCAAUUCAAACUUCGUUAGGUCACGUGCAGGACUUCUUGAAGUAUUUGGUAAAAAACAGCAGUACGCUUUUUAACAUGCAACACUACGUUAAUACUAGCCCCGAGUAUCAUCGGAAGGCCUUGUAAAGGCGUUCGUAGAGAGCAAAGGUGGAAGGCAGAGAACGGUGAAUCAAUUGAAGCUAAUAAACCGUAUUUUUAAUACAUUCUACA